GGAGAAGGAGUUCCACCGGCUCGACCAGGCCGCAAGCUGGGCCGCCAUCUACCAGUUUACUGCUCUGGAAAUAGUUGUAUAAACAGUCAACUCUGUGUGCUUCUUCUGCUGAGCCUUUACGUAGAGCAGAAGUGCCCAGCCAUUCUGCCUUGGAGCCAGGUGAAGGCUGUACAGUCUGUUCUGUCCCUGCUACCAACCCGUGGGCUUGUGCACAUGGCAUGUGAUCUGUCCAGCCCUUACAUGACCCAGCAGCCAUACAGUCAGGACAUUAGGCAUGAAGCCAGUGAUUUUCCAUGUAAAGUGGCGAAACAUCCCAGAAACAAAAACAGAAAUAGGUACAGAGAUGUCAGCCCCUUUGAUCACAGUCGAAUUAAGCUAAAUCAAGGUGACAAUGACUAUAUCAACGCUAGUUUAAUAAAAAUGGAAGAGGCCCAGAGGAGCUACAUCCUUACACAGGGACCUUUGCCAAAUACUUGUGGUCACUUCUGGGAGAUGGUUUGGGAACAGAAAAGCCGUGGUGUUGUCAUGUUGAACAGAGUGAUGGAAAAGGGAUCCAUAAAGUGUGCGCAGUACUGGCCACGGAAGGAAGAAAGGGAAAUGUUUUUUGAAGAUACGAACUUGAAACUAACCUUGAUAUCAGAAGAUAUAAAGUCAUAUUACACAGUACGACAACUAGAGUUGGAAAACCUUACAACGCAGGAAACUAGAGAGAUUCUGCACUUUCAUUAUACUACGUGGCCUGACUUUGGAGUCCCGGAGUCUCCUGCUUCAUUCCUCAAUUUCUUGUUCAAAGUGAGAGAAUCUGGCUCGCUUAAUCCUGAGUAUGGACCUGUUGUGGUGCACUGCAGCGCAGGAAUUGGGAGAUCAGGAACAUUCUGUCUGGUCGAUACGUGUCUUCUGCUGAUGGACAAACGGAAAGAUCCUUCUUCUGUGGAUGUUAAGCAGGUUCUGCUCGAAAUGAGGAAGUACAGAAUGGGACUCAUACAGACAGCGGAUCAGCUUCGUUUCUCCUACUUAGCUGUUAUUGAGGGGGCAAAAUUCAUUAUGGGGGAUGCUUCAGUGCAAGAACAGUGGAAAGAGCUUUCCAAUGAAGAUCUGGACCCACCACCUGAACAUACCCCGCCUCCUCCCAGACCACCAAAGAGAACCUCAGAAAUGCACAAUGGAAGGAUGCACGAACAUGCAGAAUUCUUUCCUAAGCAUCAAGUGGUAGAGGAAGAGAUCAGAUGCUCAGUCAGCACUGCUGAAGAGAUGGUUCCAGGUGGCAGAGUUUUUUCAUCUGUGCCACUGAUCACAGACAGCACUAGUCAAGACACUGAAAUUCGGAGGAGAACUGUUGGCGAAAACCUGCAAGUCUCGGCCCACAAAGAAGAGUCGAUGAAGUCGGAAAGCAUAGAAGAGGAUGAUGAGAACAUGAUGACAACUUGGAAGCCAUUUCUAGUGAAUAUAUGCAUGUUCACUUUCCUCACAGCAGGAGCUUAUCUCUGCUACAGGGUAUGUUUUCACUGAUGGACAUGCCAGCACAACUGACCCUGCAGAAAACACCAACGAUUUGAUCGGUUUGUAAUAAGCUUCUGUACAAGAAAGCUUCUUGAGGCACGUGAGCCUUAUCUCAGCAGAGAUAGAUCUUAAGUUGAAAGGCCAGAACUUUGGUUAGGGCUUAAAGAGAGAAUUGAUGCACUAGGGUUUCAGCUAGCCCUGUGGUCCCAAGAACAUGAUAUUCUAAUCUCAGGGCCUUAAAAUAUUCAGGAGUAAGCAGAGAAAAUGCCAAAUAGUCCGUUUUUCUUUUUUUCUUCCUUUUUUUUUUUUUUUUUUUUUUUUACUAAAUAAUAGAAUUACAACACAUUGUUGUUUUUAGCCUUUUUUAAAAAGCCAGUUCUUUUUCUUUUGUGUUUCAGAAAAGCUAGGCACAAGCGAAACUUGCUUGUAUUCUCCAAGUGUUGUAACCAAAUACAUCACUUACGUCAUUGAGUUCCCAAAAAAAAAAGAAAAACAAACCCACAUACCUGAAGAAUGUAAGCCUUUUGGAAGGGGUAGGGGGCAGCUAUGACUGGGUGGGUUUUUGGUUUGGUUUUAUUUCUAACUUGCUUCAUUUGUUAAAGACUGAGUGAGUUGUGGGCAGUGCCUGUGGUAUUGAUGUAUUUAAUCUUGGGAAAACUUUUCUGAAAGAGCUUAUUGUUUUACGUUGUUUAUAGAAACAGGCUUCUGCAUUUGCUCAGGGUAUGCCAACAUGUCCAGCUCUUUUUCUUUUUUCUUUUUUUUAAAGAAAUGUAUCUUCUCAUUGACUUUUGUUGCGCUCUACUUGCACAUAUACCUAUUUACAUUGCACCAUCCUUUGUAAAGCUGUUUUUACAUUUGUAUUCUGGGUUAGGAGAAAUUGAGGGGAGGGAAAGAAACAGGAAAGAAAAUUCAACCAAAACAUGUCCACCAGCAUUUUGAAGCUGUUCAGUUGGCAUUCAGAAGGACCAGUUCAUAAGCCUCAUCAUUUGGAAUGUAAAAUGCAGUUUCAGUCUACAUCUGCUUCAUAAGGAACAGUGUGCUUUGUGCCACGGCCGGGAGGUUGUGUGCUCAGAGGCAUUGCAGGUAAGCAUGGAAAGCACGUCAGGAAAACCAGAGCCUCAAUCCUGUGGCAGCUUCCUUAAGACAGAAAGUUCAACAGAAGACAUGUUGGUCUCAGAACGCAUCAGCUGGCUGUUGAUGCAAACAUUUGUGUGUUUUGCUUAUUUUAAAGCAAAGAUUUAGAAUACUGGUGUAUUUGGCUGAAGAGAAGCUGUUGGGUGACCGCGGGACAGAGGUGUGUGUGGAUAAGCCUGGCACCUCUGCAGACACGGAUGUUGCUGUCCUCAGUAACGUGGGCUGAGAUGGGUGGUUUUGUUCUGUGCCGUGCUGUGUCAGGGGUUUGCUCAGCUGGAGCCCAGCACUUGAAUAAUCUGAGUGCUUGCAAAUGAAGAUUUGGGUGCAUUGGUAGAAUUGUGACUGGAAGCUUGCGUUACACUGAGCAGCAGUCUUAGUCAAUGCUGCUCCUCACAUUAGUACCAAAUUAUUACAACUUAAACAGUAAUAGGGAAGAAUUAUUUGCUGAUGUCAUGGAACAGAAGAGUUAAAUUCACUACUAAAAGCUGUGGUGAAUGAAACCAAACCAUGUUGGCUGAUCUGCAACAGCGUUGCUAAUCAGUUCCUUUUGUUUUUAAAUGCUUUAUGGCACUUAACCACCAUUCUCAGUGCAAACAUCACUAUGGAGUAUCUUAAAGUCUUUCCACUCCAUGUUUUUCAUUUUUGCAAAGCUGUCUGUAGGUGCAGCUCUUUUCCUUCGGUGAAUAAGGAGGUGAAGUGGGGAGCUGUUUCUUUUCUGUCUUUUGUUAAGCUUGCAUCAAGGGCUUUUCACAAGUACAAUAUUAAAUCCUCAGGUAGUACUGGGAAUGGAUACUUCACCUGUGGGAUUGUUGGUCAGACCAACAGUCUGUACUUUCCAGUACUGGAAAGGAGGAAUGCUGUAACCAGUCAAUAUCUGGUGGUAUUACUGGAAUCGUGAAAAAUGAGUGUAGGAAAAUGGUAAUAUAUAAUGGCUCAUCUGUGUAUUUAAGAUACAGCGUGUGAUUGCUUUCUCUCCACUGUUCUCUCCGUCAUUUGGUAGAACAUUGUUCUAAAGCAACAUUCAUACAUCAUUUGUAUUAGAAUGCAUGUAAAGUCUUCUAGUGUCCUGAUUAAAUACCAUGUGCUUGAAAGGUGAAGGAAGUUCUAUUUCUGCUUACUGAUGUGCCCAAAUUAUAUUUGCAUGAACUGAUCAUUAAGUGACUGUGGUUCAAAGGCUGCUGCUGAAAGCAUCUUCGUUCAGCGGUAGAUGGACUUGGUGUUUAUCAGACAACAUGUACUCGCCUGAUCCUUGGCAUGACCUCCUAUUAAAUUUCUGCGUAUUCAGCGUAACCUGGUUGUUAGCAUGGUUCAUUUCAGCUGAGUGAGUAUAGUACAGACAUUCCAGAGUGCGUGGUAAGCUGUAUUCACACCUCACCUCUGCUAUGGGUGGCAAGCAGCAGUUGGUGACUCUGGGGGGGACUUGCUGUGCUGCCUUCAGAGCUGCACUGGAGGACAAAGAACCACCUUUUUUUGCAAGACUGCCAUAGUUGCUUUGCAAAGACACAGGUUCUUAAAUGGUGUGAUUCUCCUCAAAAAAAAAAGCCAAACAGAAAACAAACUGUCCUGUUCCCAAGAAGGGAUGUUUAGAACGGUAGCAUGGGGAGGAAAGUAAAGCAUCCUCCCUUUGAAUCCAGCAUCCAGUUGCACCGUGCUUACAAAUUACUGCAGUAUGAGAACGUUCCUGCAGAGGAAGUUCUGAACACCCUCUCUUCUGCCUGUGUAUUUUUCUUGUUUCUGCCACCCGUUCCAAAUUCAGGAGAACUUGUGCUGUCCCUGUGAGGUGUGGAUAGAGCUUAUAAUACUGAACUGUAAACAUUUUUGUUUUGGUGUCCUGUAUGUGUACGUAGUAGUUUCGGUGUGUAUAUACAGUAGCAUUUCAAAGUGGGUGUAUUGGUUAACCUGUUCUUGGAAAAUGGACAAAUAUCCAUGUUAAACUUGUUAGAAAGUUAGUGAGCUGCUCUGCUAUCUUGCCUUAAGCAAAUAUUUACGCAUCAGGUCUUUCUUUUUUUACAGAUCACCAUAGAAUAAACUUUUUUAAAAAAAUAAAAACCAAAAAAGUUAAAUGUUUUGGUAUAACACAUUUUCAGGUAUUUUGUCUUUUGUGUAAGUCACUGCAACGACCUCAGAAGUUAUAGUAAAACUGUACAGUUUUCUCAAUUUCCCAUACAAGUUUUCAGUUGCCAUUUCAGUUGUAACAAUAAAAUUCUUUUUUUAAAGAA